ACAUCUUUUUAUCUAUUCAUCUGUUGAAGGGCAUCUCAGCUCCUUCCACAGUUUGGCUAUUGUGGACAUUAUGGCUAUGAACAUUGGAGUAGCGCAUUGGACUUCCAUCCUCCCUUUUAAAUCAGACCUCCUGAUGCCAGCAGGCUGGAUUGCAGUUAGAAAACAAGAAACCUACUGGGAUUCCCACUCUUGAGUACAGAGAGUUACCCUCAUGCUUCAGGAAUCUCACAGGUCUCUCCAAGUUGGUGCCUAAGAAAAUGAUAGUCACACAAAUGAGUCACUUCUACACAACCAGCCUUGGGUUUCUUUUCCUGAUUAAUAUUUUUCCUGGAAUAACUGGCCAGGGGGAAUCAAGACGACAAGAACCUGGGGACUUUGUGAAGCAGGAUAUUGGCGGACUCUCUCCUAAGCAUGCCCCAGAUAUUCCUGAUGACAGCACUGACAACAUCACUAUAUUCACCAGAAUUUUAGAUCGUCUUCUGGAUGGCUAUGACAACCGACUGCGACCUGGGCUUGGAGAUGCAGUGACUGAAGUGAAGACUGACAUCUAUGUGACCAGUUUUGGCCCUGUGUCAGACACUGAUAUGGAGUACACCAUUGAUGUAUUUUUUCGACAGACAUGGCAUGAUGAAAGAUUGAAAUUUGAUGGACCCAUGAAGAUCCUUCCACUGAACAAUCUCCUGGCUAGUAAGAUCUGGACCCCUGACACCUUCUUUCACAAUGGCAAGAAAUCAGUAGCCCAUAAUAUGACCACACCUAACAAGCUACUCAGACUGGUGGACAAUGGAACCCUCCUCUACACAAUGAGGUUAACAAUUCAUGCUGAGUGCCCCAUGCAUUUGGAAGAUUUUCCUAUGGAUGUGCAUGCCUGCCCACUGAAGUUUGGAAGCUAUGCCUAUACAACAGCUGAAGUGGUUUAUUCUUGGACUCUUGGGAAGAACAAAUCUGUGGAAGUAGCACAGGAUGGCUCCCGCCUGAAUCAGUAUGACCUGCUGGGCCAUGUUGUCGGGACAGAGAUAAUCCGGUCUAGUACAGGAGAAUAUGUUGUCAUGACAACCCACUUCCAUCUCAAGCGAAAAAUUGGCUACUUUGUGAUCCAGACCUACUUGCCAUGUAUCAUGACUGUCAUUCUGUCUCAAGUGUCUUUCUGGCUCAACAGAGAGUCUGUCCCUGCCCGUACGGUCUUUGGUGUCACCACUGUUCUCACCAUGACCACUUUGAGUAUCAGUGCCAGAAACUCCUUACCUAAAGUGGCAUACGCGACGGCCAUGGAUUGGUUCAUAGCCGUCUGUUAUGCCUUUGUAUUUUCUGCGCUGAUUGAAUUUGCCACUGUUAACUACUUCACCAAGCGGAGUUGGGCUUGGGAAGGCAAGAAGGUGCCAGAGGCCCUGGAGAUGAAGAAGAAAACACCAGCAGCCCCAACAAAGAAAACCAGCACCACCUUCAACAUCGUGGGAACCACCUAUCCCAUCAAUCUGGCCAAGGACACUGAGUUCUCCACCAUCUCCAAGGGCGCUGCUCCCAGUGCCUCCUCAACCCCAACAAUUAUUGCUUCGCCCAAGACCACCUACGUGCAGGACAUCCCGACUGAGACCAAGACCUACAACAGUGUCAGCAAGGUUGACAAAAUUUCCCGCAUCAUCUUUCCUGUGCUUUUUGCCAUUUUUAAUCUGGUCUACUGGGCCACCUAUGUCAACCGGGAGUCAGCUAUCAAGGGCAUGAUCCGCAAACACUAGAUAGUGGUGAUGCAGCAACCAGAGCACUGUAUACCCUAGGAAGCAUCCAGGCACCUAAACCCCAGGGCUCCCCUUUCUGUGUUUCAGGAUUCUUCUUUUUGACUCUCUACCAAGCUGUGACUCUCAAUUAAUAUUUAUGAAUCUUA